UAAACAAAUUAAAUCACUAUGUACCUAAGCGGCACGUAUGCUCAAAAGCAUUCCUCUUUCCCUUUUCAGCUUCUGGGUUUAAACUUUAGCAUGUCAAAUUGGAAAGAAAAAUAAUGCGGAAGCUGAACCAGUUCAUAUCAGGAGACGAUGGAGAGAAAGGAGAGAGCUUCUUGGAUGAAGAAUCAGAUGUCCUUUGUUCACUUUCUACUACGCAGAGAAUGUACGCAUUUGCUGGUUGUUUGGUUGCUGGUCUGGCUUGUAUGUUUCUGUCUCUGAUUGUCUUUGCCAAGCCCAUCAAGUUUGCAGUAUUAUUUACCUUUGGCAAUGUGUUGGCAGUUGGAAGCACAGUCUUCCUCAUUGGACUUGGGCGGCAACUAAGUAUGAUGUUUGACUCAGUCCGUGUUUAUGCAACAGCUAUUUACAUUGGAUUUGUAGUUAUAUCUCUUAUUUGUGCUCUCUUGAUUCAUAGCAAGAUUUUGACAGUGAUUUCAAUUGUCUGUGAGAUUUGUGCCCUUAUUUGGUACAGUCUCAGUUACAUUCCAUUUGCCCGAACAAUGGUGUCUAAUUUUAUGGUACGAUUCUGUGACACUGAGCUGUAAACAAUGCAAAUUCGAGGGGAUUGAUCACUCGGGAUUGGUUUCUGGCUUCGUCUUCUUUUUUUUUUUUCCCCCAAAACAUGAGUUGGCACCUUUUUUGAAAAAAUGUUUACCUGAGUGCAGUUUUUGUGCAUCCCAGUUGUUAACAGGCAUUGCCUGGUUCAGGAUUU